AUGAAGCAGGCUCGGCGCAUUGCACGCGCUCGUGAAGAACUCGACUGUCUGAACAUUGAAGUUUGCCGGUUCCAUACUGCGAUACAUGAUGAAAACUGCGCCUUCGAGGUAGUCCUACUGCAACUCGAGUAUACCGGCAACCCAUUGUAUGGUGCUGUUGACAACUUCUGCCUUCGUCACCAUCAUAUCAAUGUUCAUCUCCUUGCUCGCAUUCGCCAGAUCUACAGUCUCGAGGGCUUCACUGGUGAAGCUGCCAUUGGUGUUCGUACAGGGACCACGCCUUCCACCGCUACUGAGGCCUCCAAUAAACCUUCAUUGGAGGAUGUGUCACUUGCACAUGAGCUUGAGGAGGUCACCCUCGAUGAUCGUGAGGGCUUGGAUGAUCUUGGGGAAGAUGAUGAGUUGGCUGGUGAUAUUGGUGGCAUCGUUGACUACGUAGCAAAUCUCCCACUUCAUGCAUUGUCGUAG